GGCGCUGCCGGAGCCCGCAGCCCUGGCGUCCGUCGCCGCCGGGAGCCCCGCAAUAUGCCGCCGCUGCCCUCUGGCUCUCGGCCAUGGCGAGGCUCAGCCGGCGCGUCCCUUGUACCCUGCUGCUCGGCCUGGCCGCGGUGCUGCUGAAGGCGCGGCUGGUCCCCGCGGCCGCUCGAGCCGAGCUCAGCCGAUCCGACCUCAGCCUCAUCCAGCAGCAGCAGCAGCAGAGGCAGCGGGAGGAGGCUGAGGAGGAGAGGCCAGAGGUGCCGGCGGCAUCCUCCACCCUCACGGUUCCAGUGUCUGUAUUUAUGCUGAAAGUACAGGUUAAUGACAUCAUCAGCCGUCAGUACCUGAGUCAAGCAGUUGUAGAAGUGUUUGUAAACUACACGAAAACAAAUUCCACUGUGACUAAGAACAAUGGAGCAGUGUUGAUAAAAGUACCUUAUAAACUAGGGCUCAGCUUAACCAUUAUUGCUUCCAAGGAUGGCUACGUGUUGACCCCUCUGCCUUGGAAGACUGGAAAAAUGCCAAUAUAUUCAUCAGUUACACUUUCACUGUUUCCACAAAGCCAAGCAAAUAUAUGGCUAUUUGAAGACACUGUUUUAAUCACUGGAAAAUUAGCUGAUGCCAAAUCUCAACCAAGUGUUCAGUUUUCAAAAGCCUUAAUUAAACUACCUGACAACCACCAUAUUAGCAACGUCACAGGAUAUCUUACAGUUCUACAACAAUUUUUGAAAGUGGACAAUUUCCUGUAUACAACUGGAAUUACUCUCAAUAAAUCAGGUUUUGAAAGUACUGAAUUGACUCCUCUUGCUGCAAUAUGUGUGAAAAUAUAUUCUGGAGGACAAGAAUUAAAGGUGGAUGGCUCUAUUCAAGUUUCUCUCCCCCUACUACAUACAAGUGACAUCAGUGCAGGCGAUCAGAUACCCGCCUGGACAUUUGAUAUGAACAUAGGUGCGUGGGUGAAUCAUGGCCAGGGAACGGUCAAGGAAUAUAACAAUCACUUCGUGUGGACAUAUGAUGCACCACAUUUGGGCUACUGGAUAGCGGCUUCACUUCCAGGAACUAAAGGUUCGGGUAUAAAUGGAGACUCAAGGGACAUAACUGCCUACCACACAGUGUUUCUUACAGCCAUAUUAGGAGGAACAAUAGUCAUUGUCAUUGGAUUUUUUGCUGUACUUCUUUGUUAUUGCAGGGAUAAGUGUGGUACUCCACAGAAGAGAGAAAGAAAUAUCACUAAACUCGAGGUCCUCAAGAGAGACCAGACAACUUCAACAACACACAUAAAUCACAUCAGUUCUGUCAAAGUUGCAUUAAAAGCCGAGGACAAGUCACAAUUCUUUAAUGCCAAAAACUCCUCGUAUAGCCCUCAGAAAAAGGAACCAUCAAAGGCAGAAGCAGAAGAAAGAGUUUCCAUGGUAAAAACUCGGGACAGUUUUAAAGUCUACAAUGAAGAGGUUUCAUUUCUAUCAGCCCAUCCAAAUAAUUACUCAAGAAACCCAACACAGUCUUUGGAGCCCAGUGUAGGGUCCAAACAACCUAAACAUAUUAACAAUAAUCCAUCUUCAUCUCUAGUUGGCGCACAAGAGGAACAGAGGUAUCUCACAGGUAAUGAAGAGGUAUAUGGACAUUCCCACAUUCCUGAGCAGCUUAUGCACAUCUACAGCCAGCCCAUUGCCAUCCUUCAAACAUCGGACCUGUUCUCCACUCCAGAGCAGUUACAUACUGCCAAGUCUGCUACUUUGCCAAGAAAGGGACAGUUAGUCUAUGGCCAAUUGAUGGAACCAGUGAGUAGAGAGAACUUUACACAGACAUUGCCCAAAAUGCCAGUGCAUUCUCACACACAGCCCCCAGAUGCCAGGGAAGAGAAUAUUCCACUCGAAGGUCAACAGAGCUUGCCAUCCCAAACUUCAGAUUGGAGCCGGUAUUCAAACAGCUUACUAGAAUCUGUUUCUGUUCCUGGAACACUAAAUGAAGCUGUUGUAAUGACUCCCUUUUCAUCAGAGCUUCAAGGAAUUUCAGAACAGACCCUCCUGGAGUUGUCCAAAGGAAAGCCUUCCCCCCAUCCCAGAGCAUGGUUUGUAUCUCUUGAUGGAAAACCCGUCGCACAAGUGAGACAUUCCUUCAUAGACCUGAAAAAGGGCAAGAGAACCCAGAGCAAUGACACGAGUUUGGACUCCGGGGUGGACAUGAAUGAGCACCACUCAAGUAGAAAACUCGAGAGGGAGAAAACCUUCAUCAAAAGCAUGCAUCAACCGAAGAUCCUUUACUUAGAAGAUUUAGACCUGAGCAGCAGUGAGAGUGGAACUACUGUCUGCUCCCCUGAGGACCCAACUUUAAGGCACAUUCUAGAUGGAGGGAGUGGAGCCAUCAUGGAGCACCCUGGGGAAGAGUCUCCGGGAAGGAAAAGCACUGUUGAAGAUUUUGAAGCCAAUAUGUCCCCCACUAAAAAAAGGGGCAGACCACCACUAGCCAAAAAAGAUAGCAAGACUAAUAUCUGGAAGAAGCGAGAGGAACGCCCACUGAUUCCCAUAAAUUAACAUCAAGGGUGGUUGUGUCUCUGCUCUCUCGUGGUGUUCAUUCUUGCUUCGUGUAAAUUGCUGUAUGAACUUUUAAAGAAGUUGAGACUGAGCAAUCUCAUGGUCCCUGGACAUGUCUCAAGCAGAGUAAAUAGUAAAAUGGCAAUUCAGUAAUGAAAGAGAAAGAUACCAAGGAAUGCUUUUUCUGGCCUACUCGUUUAUUUUUGGGUGAUGAAUUUGAAGUAUCCAAGAGUUCAAAAAAGUAAAAUAGUGUCAAGAUGUAAGUUAUCUGAAAAUGUUGCUCAGUCAGCCACUUUAGACCUCUCGUAAGAAUAACAGUGAAAUGUGUACUCUUAAAGUUGCUUUCAAACAGUGUAGCCUCUGCUUCGAUGACUGCCCCUGUGAAACAUUUAGAAAUGAAACUAUAUUCUUUAGGUGUCACAGUCGUGUGAAAUAUUACUGUUCUGUUCUCCUCUGCCUAUCCGUGAAAAUAAGGCUAAAUGUUCGAAAUUGAUGUUAUUCUAGAAUUUAAAGGCCAAACAAUAUUUUCUUUUUUGCAGUCAACAGCAUGUGUACUGUGUCAACCCAAAAAUAAAUCUUAUAAAGAUGGGCAAGAAGCUACUUGGUGGUUACAGAGGGAAAUCCCAGCUUUUUGGUUGUUUUUGGAUAUAACUUCACAGAAUAAGUGAUAAGGUGUUGUUAUUUAGAAAUCUGGAAAAUGAAGGCUCUGAUACUUGAAUUUUUAUUUAAGAAAUUUUCCCCAUUUCUAAAGAGAAAUGAGCAUAGCUUUCAAGGAAAACUUACCAAUCUGAAACAAAAACUAAAACAAAACGACCCAUAUUUUUAGUUUAAGACUCAUUGAUACAUGUAGGCUAAAAUCAGCUUUAAGAAGUUUUUUUAAUUCAUUCACUUAAACCUUUUAAACUUGAUCAAAAAACUAAUAUUUAGGUGUUCAUAAGAAACUUUUAACUUAUUAAAAUAUGUGAAGCUAAAGGAAAGAAAUAUUUCAUUUUUUCUGAAAUGUUGAUAAACAGGAGAAGAAAUUCUAUUUCCCUAAGACUCAGAAAUACUUCCAGAAUUUAGGUAUAUAUCCAGAUGGUCUUUUCCUAAAUCACUUAUAGCAUUUACAAAAAUUGUUUUCUAAUUUUGGGAGUAAUAUAUCCAUAUUAUUUUUCAUCAUAGCAAAGAGUUUAGUAUGAACACAUUCAACAGCUGUUUUUAAUUCUAAGUGUCUUCAACUCUGAAUUAUCACUCAUAUGUCCUAAAAAUAAAGCUUUUUGUUAAUUAAAAUCAAGUCAUCCAAUUUUCUUAAAAUUUCCAUGGAGGCAAAUGUCUCAAGCAGCUUCCCUUUUCCCUUGGGGGAAAAAUAAAACUAAAUUAUUUCUACUUCUCAUCUACUCCACAUGGGAGCAACAAAGAGACCCAAGGCACAAACAAGUUGAAAGUUACAAAAUUAGCCAUAUUAGCUGUAGUCAAAUUAUAGAUGGAUAUCCAAUGAAAGACAACAGUUUUCUUUUUCCCAAGAUAGACUUCAGCCAGUUUUUUCCCCCUGUAAUUCAGUUUUUCCUAGAACACCCAACCUGUCAGAUCAUACUACUUCCUUUCUGUAUUAACCCAAAGAACAUGAAAACCUAGGCAAAAGUUUGCCAUAUUUUGUCCAAUCCGCAGAAGAGAUAAACAUUUGGGUUAAUACUUAGGUUUGGUUUUUUGAGGAAGAGGUUUCUUGUUGGUCUACAGAAAGACGCAUUAAAAGCGGCGUAGAUGACAAUGACGCGGAAGAGAAGGAGUAGUGCUCUGCUGAAGUGCCUUUGAUGCAGACUUGCUUUACUGGGAGGAUAGGAGAACAGCUUUCUUUAAUGUGCAUUUUCUUUGUUAGCCAAACUAAACAGAUGUGCAGGUUUUAAUUAAAAAAUAGAGACCUAGUGUUUCAUGUUGGAACAAUGAAUUUUGCAUGCAAGUAACAUUUCUCUCUUUUGUGCGUUUUUUUGAAUCCAGGUUAAAUGGGUAAAUUAUGUUGGAAUGAAGUUAGAAAUUAUAUAGUAAGAUGUUGCACUUCAGUAUCUUCCGUUUGUAUUUUCUCUACCUUUAAAUAAUAAAAAUCUUUCAUCUUUUUAGUUUGGUAAUGGAACACACAUGUUGACAGAGUUUACCAUUGAAGAGUGCCGCUUAUUCAUUCUUAUGUAACAGAAAUGAGAAGAUGUAUCCCCAGGGGCUUUUCUAGAAAUACCUUUUUUUUGGUUUCAGAAUAAAACAUUUUUUUAAUAUACUGCACAUUCUGUUCUUAGUGGGGAAAUACAGGCAAUUUACCUUUUCUAAUGAUCAAAAAUGUGUAACUUCUCAUUUUGAGCAGUUCACAAAUUUCCUGUUAAAAAGCUGAAGCCAUCUACUUUUUUCUUAACCCAAGUAAUAAUAAGCCUACAAUAUUCACAACUUUCUUAAAUUUUUAAAUUGAAAACCAACAGUUUUUUGCAAAUGUAACUCUAGAGAAUUUUGAUCACAAAUUGUUAACAUUUGUGGAUCCUUUGUAUAUACUUUGGAUAUGUCUUAAAAGCAAAAUUAUCCCUCAAUUAACUGAUGGAUUCGUUUACUAAAGCACAGCUAUAUGUAUUUUUGAAUACAUAUCAUGAUAUCAUCUUGAAACUUUAUAAAAAUCAAUUUUUAUGAUAUUUAUGCAGUUUAGGGUUUAUGCCCUUUUAUAUAAUACACAGUAUACCACGAAGGUCACAAAUGUUGAGGAAUAAAAGCACUUCUUUGCUUUGGCAAUCAUUUUCAGAUCACUUUCUGUGUUUGAAUCCUCUGAUAUCAACACAUACAGAAUUUUAGAAAUCUGUGGGUCAAAUAAUGUCCUCAAAACUUCCCAGAUAGGUGAAGCUCAAAGUUUGUAUUCAUUUCUAGGCAAUGAGUUACUCAUUUACCCAUGUACUGGCAUUGUGAAGAAUUUGACCAUUUUAAUUUCCAUGUCAGACCUUAAGUUGGCAUUUUCCCCUCUUGUUUCCAAGUAUUUCUAUCUUUUGUAUUUCAACAGAGGAAUCUCACAUUUCACUGUAUUUAUUGCCAUUAUUACUAUAUUUACUGCUGAAAACUAACAAUCUGAAGAUUUGUAAAAUGUUAAACAUAGUUCAUUAAAGAUAAUAAAUCUAAAAAUGUA